GCACGUCUGGAGCUGACGAGGGAUCUAUUUCGGGAAACGACUGCUUCGUCGAACAUACAUACGUGUGAGUCCAUCGAGUCGACACUCCUUUGUCUGAUUAAAAUCGUAUUGGUCGUUACCUAUUUUAAAAACGCAUCCUCGCGACUUGUGUGCUCGAAUGUAAGUGCGUCUUGUUUAUAAAAGUAUUCCAAAAUGGGAAAUAUGGCCAGUAGUGCCCCAACGAGGGAACAGGACGCAGAUAACGUCACAAGUGAAAGUGAAAUAAUGAACAAUACAAGUGAUCUCCAUAUUGAUGAAACAACUGAAGCCUUUGAAAUGGCCAGUGAAAACUCUAUGAACGAAAAUGAAGUACGGGCUAGAGCAAAAGAGGAAGAAAUGAAUGAAUUCAGAAAGCAGCUUGAUAUAAAACGUGAACAAAGAAGACAGAUUUUAGCGCGACAUCGUACUGAAAAAGAAGAAUUAGAGAAAGCCUUGCAAAAUGAGAAGGCGGCAAAACUGGAACUAUUUGAAAGCAACAGAUUGCUCUGUGAACUUCUCUCGAGAAACAAUAUCGAGAUUCCUGAUAAUCUUAUCCAUUUGAAGGGGAACUGCGAACUCACAGAUGCCUUAGCCAAAAUGAGAGAAGACUUUGACGAUUUGAAAGUAAAUAAUUUAAAACUUCGAAAGGAUCUGUCAGAAACUAAUCGGGCACUACAAGAAGCUUACACUGAUAUUGCAGACCUGAAUCAACAAAAUACAGAAUCCAUUAAACAGAUUCGUGCUUUGAAAGAAGUGGUGUCAGUUAGUAAAACAAUGAUUAGUCUUAGAGAACAACAACUGAAUGAUUUAAAAGAAAAACUAAAUGAAAUAGAACGCACACUAGCGGAUCGCGAAACUAAUCUGCUGUCAGCCGAUUUGAGACAAGAAUAUGAACGACAACUACAAAAUAUUCGAACACUCAGAGGGCUUUACGAGGAGCGAGCUCGACUGGCCGAAGUGUCCCGACAACGACUGGUCCGAGAGUUGGAUGAACAUAAAGUACUUUAUCAAGCUGAAGUAAAAAAGAGCAAAGACCUCAAUAAUAAAGUGGAAGAACUUGAAUCAAAAAUAGAUUCCCUAAUUGAAACUAUCGAUAACAAGAAUUCGCAAAUAUCUACAAAUCAGAUAGAAACAAACAUCUUGAAGGCCGAGAUGGCAGUCGUAAAUAAACUUUUCUCCCAAGUGCUCCUUGGUGAAAAAACUAAACAAGAUUUAGAUACACUGGUGCAAAGACUAGAAGAAAACCAUGGCAUACUAACACAGAUGGCUGAAAAAGAAAAUGGAUCAGAAGCAUCAUCAGCUUUACCUAAACUUUUGUUAGAGUUAGUUAGUCAAGUGGAUGAAAAUGAAGAAAAAUACAUCGGUGAGAUUUCAAAUGACAACGAUCAAACAUCCAAAGAGGAAACAUCAACAGAAAAAGAUUCAGAUGAGCAAAAACCGCAAGUAACAACUGCUGAAGAAAUAGUAGAAAAUCUACCGAAGGUCUGGAAAGUACUGAUAGAACUACUCAGUCAUCAAAAUGCCCCCGAAGGCAACUCUCCCGAAAAAGUUACAACGUGUUAUAAAUCCGUGGAAACAAAAUCGGGACCAGUGUUAGUGCCAAGCGUUAGUCAGACUUACAUCAGAUUAAAGGAUCUUAUACUAGAAAAAUUAGGUCUUAUAAAAGAGGUCAACCGUAUGAAACAACUCAAUGGUCAUCUGGAAACUCGUUUAGAAGAACAAGAACGAAGACUAUGCAUGGUCACAAACGAGUUAAGCAAAACAUGGCAUGUUGUUGGUCGACUAAGGAGGCAUCACCAUCAAUUACACACCCACGAAAAAAUACUAAAAUAUGAACUACAACAAAAGAGGAAGUUAUUGAAUGAACUUAAAGAAGAACUUGAAUACUGUCGGGAAAAGUGGGAACAAGCUCGUGAAAAGAACACUCAAUCUGAAAGAGAUUGGAGAACCUUGAGAGCUGAAUUCUCGAGUAGAAAAACAAAAUCUGGCUCACCGUCGUUUAAUAACUCAGGAGAAAGUGGAUAUAGUGAUGAAAGACCAUCAGAUGAAUCUUCCGAAUCCAAUGAUGAAAGCGAAUAUGUAGCGGAGCCGCUUACUAGAUGUAAGAGAAAGCUAAAGAAAUCAUUUGACUCUAGCACAGAUUUUAACAUAGCGGAAAGGGAAGACCCUGCCAGUGAUAUGCUUGAUGUUGCUGAUUUACCACUUGAUACACAAGAAGGUGAAGAUAAUCAUGAUUUAACUUCAGAGCCCAGUAAAAGUGAACGAUUUCCUAAAAAUGCAAUUAUAUGCGAAGAAACAGAAGAUGAAAUUGGAGACAUAACUCACGAUGACUCUUGUCCAGAAGAAUCACACGCAGAUGACAAUUUUAUUGCUAACUCUAAUGCAGAAUGUAACGUUCCCGAAAACAAUUCACUUAUAGGUCCAAGCACCUCUAAUGAAUCAUCAACAAUAUGUUUACCACUGAUUGACCCUGUUGAAAUUUUAAAGAAUGUUCGUCUUCAAAAUGAGAGGCUUGCUAGAAAAGAUCAAAAACUGAACAGUCUUGAAGCGGGCAGUGCUGCAUUGCUAAAAAAGACACAAACAACGGUUAAAAUAAGUGAACAAAUAAGUGAUACUCUAGAUCAUCUUAUAAAUCGGCCGACUACAAGUCAGACAUCAAGCGUUUGUGUAAAUGAACCUGAAAAAUCUACCACCUUACAAGUCUAUAAUGACACAGGCAAUAAAGAAAUCUCAACAGAUAUCCUCACAGAAGCAGUACAACCACAUUCAGAGAAUGACUUUGAAAACAACAUAGGUCAAAACUGUGAAGCAACGGACCAGAAUGUAAAUGAUGAGAAAAGUAAAAUAAAUAAUGAACCAACUGUCGAGUCCACCACGACCGAUUCUGCAAAUGUUACCUCAGUCAACGACUCAGCUUCAAAUGUAGAAACACCAGAUUUCAAAGCCAUACUAGAAAGUGUUCGAAAACAAAAUGAAAGGCUUGCUAAGAAAGAUGAAAGACUGCAAAAGUUAGAGAGUAGUUGUUCGGAGGUAGUAAAUUCUAUAACUGAUACGCUUAAAACAGGUGAUGAAAUAAUAAAAAAACUCGAAACUCUUCACAGUGAAAAACCACACGGCAGUAAUGAAGAUCCGAAUGUGUCAUCAGGAGAUGGUAAUUCUAGUUCCGACAAAGAGGAUUCUGUGCCUUCGACAUCUGGUGAAAUUGAUCACGAGGCCCGCUUCGCUGCGCGUGAUUUACGAUUAAAGCGAUUGGAAGAACAAACAAAAUCACUCGUGAACAAAGUUAACAAAACAAACUCUAAAGGCGUAAAAAUACAUUACAAAUUAGAAGAACUGCAUAAUAUUUACGGUUCAGAAAGUUCUCGGGCUGGCACACCGUCAGAAGAUAAUGAGGACAGAAGUAAUGCUAACGACUCUCAAGAAGAAUAAGGUAUAUUUUUAUAUAUAGUUGGUGUCUUAUGUUAUUUAAAUGUUUUUUUAAUUCGAAAUAAAAGUCUCAAAUAGAG